CAGGCCCUGGGUUUUGACGAGUCUCGUUACUCAGCUGGUCCACAUUCAUAUGGCUGCACUGAUGUUAAAAUCGGAAAUAUUUUCCUACCAUUUGACGAAUAUCUGUCAUUUUGAGUCUCUCGUCCCCCACCCCAAGACACAAUAACCUCCCUCCUGGCAUUCCCAGAUCUCCCCAUCAUCUAGCAACGAGAGAAUUCGCACCUGGCGCGGCAAGGAGCCUUGGGUCCGUUCUGAUUGGUCAGGGUCUCUGCCUUAUUGGUUGUCAAUAUUUUGAAUAUUAUCUCUGAAUUGGAGCAGCUUUGAGUCUUAUCUUCCUCCCUGCCAGAGGCCAGACCAUGGCUUGCUGGCCUCCCACAUCCUGAGGAUGGCCCAGCAAGAGGGCAAGGCCACAGCAGACCCCACCAAUGAGGAAAGACUGGUCCUAUCACAGGAAAAUGGAGCAGGCGAGACCUGCUUCGGGGUUCUGGCAGCCCCAGAGCCACUCCUUCGCCUGCAGAGGACAUGGGGGGUGUGGCAAAUCCCAGAGCUGGAUGCCCAGGGUGCAGAAGCCCUUCUGGAGCUGUGGCCACCGGGGAGUUUCCUGGUCACAGGACAUGACUCCAGCGAGGUCCUGAGGUUGAGGACAGGACCUUCACCGGGGGAAGUCAAUACCUACCAGAUCCGGAAGCUUCCUGGAGGUAUGUCUCUAGAAUCCUCCAACCUCUGCAUGCCGGACCUGCCCCACCUCCUGGCCUUCCUAUCAGCCAGCAGGGAUGUUUUGCCCAGAACGCUGCUCUUGCCCCCUCCCACUCUAGGGCCUGGGGAACAACACACAGAUCCUCUGCAGAUUGGCAAUGUCCAACUCAACACCUCAGGGAGGGUGCUUUCCGUGGUGAACCAGCUCUACCUGGAGGCCCAUAGAGGGUGGGGCGUGGAGCAGACCCCUCCAGAGACACCUUCAGAGACCGCGGAGAAACAUGAUGCAGCCCCCAGGAACCCCGCCCCUCACCGGGUCUCCUGGGUAGAAGGCCCUCUCAGCCCAGAAGUACACCAUCCUGGGCCAGCUCUGGCCAGCCUGGUGGAGGAGGAGGAGGAGGAUGACAACUAUAAAGAUGAAGAGGAAGGGCCUGAGGAUGUGCUCACUCGUCAUGUCCGGGCGCUGGCCAGGGCCCGGAGCAGCUACGUGGCCAGGCAGCUCCGAGGUCUUCGGGCACGCCUCACUUCAGAUGCUGGGGGCCCCCACAGGCCUGGGGACCCCGCCACAGAGCUGCUUCAAGAUGUGCGGCACCUCCUUACUGACCUCCAGGAUCACUUAGCGAAGGACCCGGAUGUCAGGGCUGUCGUUGGGAGCAGGGGGCCCGGGGUACCCCAGAAGGACGAGGAUCUUGGCCCCGCAGUGGAGGCGGCCCUGUGCCGGGCGGUACUGGCACCGCUGAAGCCCGCUCUGUGGAUGCGACUCCGCACACUCCGCGCUCCGGAGCUGCGGCGACUGCGACGGCGACAAAUAGCCCUGCGGGCUGGGGCGGGGCCUUCCGGAGCUCAGGGGGCGGGGCCCGAGGGACAGGGUCCGGCCCUGCGGAGCCGCAUCCACGCGCGCCUUGCGCACCUCCACGCCGCCUGCGCCCCACGCCGCAAGGUGGCGCUGCUACUGGCGGUGUGCAAUGACGUCUACGCGGGCCUGGCUUCCGGCGAAAACCAAGAGCCCCUGGGGGCCGACGCCUUCCUGCCGGCGCUGACUGAGGAGCUGAUCUGGAGUCCCGACAUUGGGGAGACACAGCUGGACGUGGAGUUUCUUAUGGAGCUCUUGGAUCCGGAAGAGCUACUGGGAGAAGCCGGAUACUACCUGACCACGUGGUUUGGGGCGCUGCACCACAUUGCCCACUACCAGCCCGACGCUGGACGCGCGCCCCAGGGGCUCAGCUCCGAGGCCCGUGCCUCCCUGCGCCAGUGGCACCGCAGGCGGACGCUGCAUGGACAGGACCGCACCGGAGCCCAGGCCGACCUGCCUUUUGAGGAACCAUGGGCAAUAGAGACUGUGCCGAGAGACCAAUGACGAAUUAGGGGUCUCAAACCUUUCUGUUCCUCAAGCAAGUUGCAGAGGCACCUGGGACAGCACCAACUUCCGGCCCUGUGGAUUCGAGGCAGCAAGGAGGAAGAGAUCCACGAAGAAAAAGUGGGUCUACCCCGGGGCCUUUGCACAGGCUGAUCCUGCUUCCUGGAAUGCCUUUCCCUAACAUCCACAUGGCAGAUGUCAAGUCUCAGUGGGGCUCUCCCGGGCAUCCCUGUAGAAAACUGUAACUUCUCCCCGGGGUAGACAGAAUAAUGCCACCCCACUCUCCCCACACACACACAAUGUCCACUUCCUAGUCCCCAGAAUCUGUGAAUUUGUUAACUUACAUGGAAAAAGGGACUUUAAAGAUGUGAUUAAAUUAAGGAUCUUAAGAUGGAGGGGUGAUCUGGAUUCCGGUGGGCCCAAUGUAAUCACAAGGGUCCUUAUGAGAGGGAGGCAGGAGGGUCAGAGUCAGAGGAAGAGAUGUGACGAUGCAAGCAGAGGUCGGAGUGAUGGCCAGGAGCCAAAGAAUGCAGGCACCCUCGGGCAGCGGCAAAAGACAAGGAAUGGAUUUUUUCCAGGAACCUUCACUUUUUAAGAUUUUAGAUACUUAAGAUCUAUUUUGAACUUCUGGCCUUCAGAACUGCAA